AUGAGUGAAGUUGUCACGUCUAAAAUUCAGUUUAACUUCUGUCCGAACUUCUGGCAACCACAUGAAUCUCUCUGCUUCAAGUUGAUCAGCAUUACCAAGUCCUGGCACGAAGCGGAGGAGUACUGCAAUAAUCUGGGGGGCCACCUGGCCUCAGUCACAAACAGCAUGCAGUACAACUUCCUCCAGGGAAUGGCUCUGAACUACCACCAGAGCGUAGCGUGGCUUGGAGGCUUCUACCUGCAGGACCGCUGGAUGUGGAUCGAUCGCAAGAGUUUCCAUUACUCCAACUGGUACUCUCAGUCCACCCCAAGCAGCUACCCCUGCAUGUAUUUACGCUCUAAUACCGGCUGGAGUAACACUAACUGUAACGGUAAAUACGCCUUCAUUUGCGUGAAGAACCCGUUCGGCUGUUAG